GGAGGCGGGAGGAGGGUGCCGAGAGGGACUUGGAGGAGGGGAUGGGGGAGAGAUUGGGUCUGGGAGGCGGACUGGGGAGAGGGUUGCUGGGGAAAGGAGAAGGGGCCCUGAGAGGGAGGAAGGAUGGAAGAGACACGGCGGAGACCCUGCGAAUUUGGGAUGGGGGUGUGGACAGGGCCCUGAAGAGGGAAUUCCCGACACCUUCCCCAAUUCCUUUUCCUGCCCUUUGGCCCCACAUGACUCUUGGGGGGUUGUGGCCGGGAGAAGGCGGUUUAUUGCCCUCCUUCCCCCAGCAGAAUUUGCUUCCUAGGAAUGCCCUCAGACACCUCUGUUUCCAUCUAGGCACAGGACCUUUCUCAGUGGCCAUCCACACGGGGCUAGAUCCUUACUGACACACAGAUGCUUUGUGGGGGGCCAUGUUUUCUACACUGAAUCUGUGUGCCUUUGACAUGUUUAAUGGCUUAUGUGCGGCUAGCUUCUCCCUAUGCUAUCCAUGGACUGUGGAGAGAUGAUGUGUUAUUUUCCAUCAGAAUUGCCCAUUCUCAUAUCUUAUGUCCAUAUCUCAUGUCCAGUCUUGACAUUGUUCAAAUGUGUGAGUUUUUAUAUAUUGCAUCUAUUAUGUGGUUUCAUGUUUCUUGCACAUUUUAUGCUUUUGCGUGUUUACUUUUUGCGUGUAAAGGUUAUACCUUCCUUGUUUUGGUUUGUAUGUUAUGUCCGUGAUCUUGUCGAAUGCAAGUCUUCAUGUGUGGUAUCCUGUGGUUUAGUUCACUAGUGCACACUCAUGAUGUGAUCGGAUUGGCCUGUUUGCUGCAUGUUUUCCCAGUCACGGUUUACACCGCACAUACGCAUGCUCCUUCGCAUGAUAUGCUGAUGUGACAUGACCGCAGCAUGUGUGCUUCUGGUUACACAUUCUAUUUAUUUAAUAAUUUUAUUGACAGUAUAUUUUGUGAGUCAUAUGCCCAUUAACCCAUAUGGCACUUCACAGUGCUUAUAAAUCUUUCGACAUUUCUGCUCCGAAGAGGGUCACUUAAUGUCACGUACUAGAGAGAAAGGUAACUGGGCCUCCAUGUCCCCAGAGAACCAUUCCCAUAUGCCUUACCUUGCUGACCUUCCUGGUCUAUGUCUUUUCACAUACAUUAUCUCUCUCGUGGCUGUGUACAGUCUGUGUUCAUGGAGCUCAGUGCAUGCCUCAGGUCAACCCUGCUGUGCACAUUAUCUGUCCCUCACUCUUUUUGCACUGUUGGCAUGUAUUUGAUGACAGCAGCAUCUUUCCCUGGUGGCAUGUUAAUCCCCAUUCUGUAUGUUUCUCUUUUGUGUGAGAUGGGGUGUACCAUCUUGAUUGUUGUUCCUCCCUCAGUGUGACCAUAUAGUGUAUGUGUAUAUUCAGAGUAGGUUACCGUUAGGCUUUUUGUUGUGUUCAUUGCUUUCUUGAUGACUUUUCUUUUCAUAGUUAAUAGUCCUCAAGAGUGUAGCUAUCUGAUUCAUAAUUGGCUCUGUCAUUAACUAUGACAGGCUGUGUAUACAGCCUUAUAAUCUGUUCAGCAUGUUUAUUGAGCACUAUCUCCUCCUUCUGUCCUGGGUAUUGGGGAAAUGACAGAGUUCCUGCCCUCAGGCUGCUUACAGACUGGGGAAGGAAACAGAAAUGAGCAGUUACUUACACUGUGGUGUCAAGAUCAGUGGUUCUCAAACUGCUGUGCACACCAGACUCACUUGGAGGGCUGUCCCUCACUUGGGGGAGUUAAAAUACCUAUUCUUGGGCCUAAGGCCCAGAAUUUGAUUCAGGAGAUCUGGGGUGAGGUCCAAGAAUAUGUAUUUCUACACUUUGAGAACCAGUGAUCAAGAUAAAAGUGUAAUGAAAACUCAGGCCAGGAGGGGUUCAAGAAGACUUCCAAAGUGUGACGCUGAGCUGGGUCAGGCAAGUGAAAGACAGAAGGGCAUUCCAGCCAAAGGGACCAGCCUGUUCACAGCACAGAAGCAUGAAAGAUCAUGGUGUGUCUGAAGAACUGAAGUAAAUCAAUUUGGAGCAAAAAGGACUCUUGUGGGCAUGUGGCCAAAGAUGUAAGCAGAAGUCAACUUGUCGAAAGGGCCUUUUAGAAGACGGAGAAAUGCUCAGAUUUGUGUUACAGAAAAAUCUCUGUGGUUGCCGUGUGGAUGACGAAUUGGAGGAGCAGAGUUAGGAACCUGUCGCAAAUAGUCCAGGGGAGAGAAAUGCUGGUCCAGACUUACAAGGGCAGUGGGAUAGAGCAAAUCAAGCCUAUAGCUUUAGAGUUGGCAGAGUCUCCUGUUUCCUCUAUUGCUUCUGAACCUUCACUGGUUGGCAAUGGCCUUUACCUUUGAACAUAGUCCUUCCUGUCAUUAGAAGACAGUGACUGUAGCCUUGCUGAAAGUGACAGGUAUUUGCCUGAACACCUUUUUGUGACUUGUGACCCUGCCCCCAGCAGUAGGACAGAGUGGAGGAAGGAGGAAGAACCUAAAAGGCAGGUUCUGUGUGCCUGCACCUCUUCCUCCUCAACUCUUUCCUCUCCCAGGGCAGAUGGUGUGAGUCGCUUUUACUCUCUCCCCUCUUUCUUUCAUUUGGUCAGGCCCUAACAUAUUAUAUACCUGCCUGACCAGGUCGCCUCCGGUGUCGCUGGAAGGGAAAGAAGGAGGAGUAAGGGUUUGUUUGCCUGCCUGCGGAGGCAGGAUUGAUAGAGGCAGCAACUCCUGGUGGCCAGAAUGGAGUUGUGGCCGGGGGUAUGGCCUGUGCUGCUGCUGCUCUUCCUGCUGCUGCUCUUCCUGCUGCCCACCCUGUGGUUCUGCAGCCCCAGUGCCAAAUACUUCUUCAAGAUGGCCUUCUACAAUGGCUGGAUCCUCUUCCUGGCGGUGCUCGCCAUCCCUGUGUGUGCUGUGCGAGGACGCAACGUUGAGAACAUGAAGAUCUUGCGUCUGAUGCUGCUCCACAUCAAAUACCUGUAUGGGAUCCGAGUGGAGGUGCGUGGGGCCCACCACUUCCCUCCCUCACAGCCCUACGUCGUGGUCUCCAACCACCAGAGCUCACUCGACCUGCUUGGGAUGAUGGAGGUACUGCCAGGCCGCUGUGUGCCCAUUGCCAAGCGUGAGCUGCUGUGGGCUGGCUCUGCUGGACUGGCCUGCUGGCUGGCAGGAGUCAUCUUCAUCGACCGGAAGCGCACUGGGGAUGCCAUCAGUGUCAUGUCUGAAGUUGCCCAGACCCUGCUCACCCAGGACGUGCGGGUCUGGGUUUUUCCAGAGGGCACGAGAAACCACAAUGGCUCCAUGCUGCCCUUCAAACGUGGCGCCUUCCACCUUGCAGUACAGGCCCAGGUUCCCAUUGUCCCCAUAGUCAUGUCCUCCUAUCAAGACUUCUAUUGCAAGAAGGAGCGUCGCUUCACUUCGGGGCGAUGUCAGGUACGGGUGCUGCCCCCAGUGCCCACAGAAGGGCUGACACCAGAUGACGUCCCAGCUCUGGCUGACAGAGUCCGGCACUCCAUGCUCACCGUUUUCCGGGAAAUCUCCACUGAUGGCCGGGGCGGUGGUGACUGUCUGAAGAAGCCUGGAGGGGUGGGCGACGCCCGGCUCUGAGCUCCCUUCCCAUCUACCCCCAUGUUCCUCCCACACCUACCAACCCAGUGGGCCCUGAAGCAGGGCCAAGCCCACUUCCUUGUUUCUCCUCUCCCCACUGUUCUCCUCUUUGGAAUCUUCAAUUUCUGAAGUGAAUGUGGAUAUAGCACCGCUCCUUGCCCCUUCCCAGUUCCCCCCAUGGACUCUCUUGCCUCGGUGCAGUCUCCACUCUGACCCCCACCCACCUCCUGUGCCAUCUUGUCUUUGGGACAGUUGCCUCCCCCUCAUCUCCAGUGGCUCACCUACACAAGGGUGGGAGCACACCAUCCUUUCCCCAGGGGACCCUCUUCUUUUGUGAUCUUCUCUCCCUCUCCACCCCACAUUGGCCAGUGGACUCAUCCAUUCUAUGGAACAAUACCCUACCACAAGUCCAUGGAUUCAGUGGACUUAUCCGUUUGUGAGGACUCCUCACACUGGCUGGAAGCAAUGCCUGGAACAUUCCUGGCUUAUCCUGGGAACACUCCUCAGCACCCUCACCCUCCCUCCCAUGGAGCCUCCUAUCAGUGGAGGCUGGACUCUUCUCACUCAGAGGUUUCAUCCUGCCCAUACCCAGGUGCCCAGGGGUGAGCAUACUCCUAGAUGCCAGUUUGGUCUCCACAUUUCUGCUUCCCCCCAUCCCUGUGGUACAGUUCUUCAGUGGUCCUGGCCCCAACCCAGUCCCCUGCAGCCCGGCUGUACCAUUCUAACCAGACACAAGGGGAAGAGGCAGACAUUAGGUGCUGCACUCACUUCUGCUCCCUGGGAAGUUGGGGAAAGGAACUGAACCCUGGCUGGAGGGGAUGGGAGGGCUUUUAAUUUAUUUCUCUUUCUUUUGAGGCUUCCCCUCUCUGAGCCAGUUUUCAUUUCCUCCCUGUGGCAUUAGCCACUCCUGCCUCCCACCCCAGACCUGUGCCCACAACUGGGAAGGUGGGCUGGGAGCAAAAUGAGAGGGUGGGACCCAGUUUUGUGUGGUUUUUAUUAAUUAUCUGGAUAACAGCAAGAAACCCGAGAAUAAAGAUUGAGAGAGAGAGAGAGA